CGGGAUUGAAUAAAUUAUAAACUAAACAUUCCGAUCCUGGUGGCCCGGUGGCUAACGUAAACAAAACUUAGGAUGUUUGCAGACUUUUCGCUUGAAUCAGUUACAUUCAAAUCAAACUGGAAGAAAGAGAGAUCUUUAGCCAGUAGUGGUUGUCAGACCACAGAUCUUGUGCUUGAAGAAGUAGGAUGUCAGUCCGUUAAAUACAAAAAUGCAAAGACCCAGACAGAAGAUGACAGUGACAAGUUUGCAGGUUUCGCACAGGAUCGCUCCGGCAGGCUUGUGGAGUUUUUACAGCAAGUUGAACCCAUCGUUCGUAAACAGCUAGAAAUGAACAUAAAAAGUCACGCCUUUGAUGAUUAUGAAGUCACCUGGGAUGAAGGUUCAUCUACAAUGUCUGCUGUUCACAAACUGACAAAUGCUGCACAUGAAGGACAGUUCCAGAUUACAAGUCUGUCCUGGAACUCGACAGGAGCAGUGAUUGCAGCAUCCUAUGGAAGAUUUGAUCACGAUGAUUGGUGUACUCAUAAAACAUCGCUGUGCACCUGGAAUCUAGAGCGACGGAAUCUCAAUGAAAACAAGCCAGACACCACGCUGGAGGUCUCCAGCUGUCUGAUGUGUACAACCUUUCACCCGACCAACCCUGCUCUGAUAGCGGGGGGUACAUAUAAUGGUGUAGUGAUUGUUUGGGAUUUAAGUCGAGAAGACGACAUGGUGUUGACAUCUUCAGGACUCGGUGAUGACUCACACAGGGAACCAGUUUCCAAGGUCACAUGGGUACCAGACACAUCCUCUGCCAAAAAGAACAAAUAUUUGCUUGUUAGUGUCAGCAGUGAUGGUAAAAUGCUUGUUUGGAAGAUGGACAGGAAGACCAAACAGAUAGAAUUGCAUGAUGGUUUUAUUCUGAUGAACAUGAACCUCCCCAGACAGUUAGGUAAAGCACGAAACAUGCGAAGGGACAAGGAGGUUGGGGUGACCUGUAUCUCUUACAAUGCUGAGAACAAAGAUAGUUUUGUCAUUGGCUCUGAGCCAGGAGCUGUGUUUAAAUGUUCCAUGUCAGCGCAGGGAGAACUAGCUGGAAAUGGCAGUGAAACUUAUCGAAUCACAGAUGGUAACGUAAUAUCGUCUGUCCAGUUAAAAUCCCCUGUGACUUUCACUUAUGCCCACCACUAUGGACCUGUGUACUCGGCAGAGUUCUCUCCCUUUCACAGGAAUGCAUUUCUAACAUGUUCCAUGGACCAGACAUUAAGACUGUAUAGCAUGUUACAGAAACAACCUAUUAUGACCAUAGAACCUGGAGAGGGAGUGAUUUACUCGGUCAAGUGGUCAUUUAGUCGCCCGUCAUUGUUUGCAGCCACCACUGACACUGGUCUCUUGUUGCUGUAUGACCUAAACCAGACCCAGCCAGUUCCUGUUUAUAAGCUGGAGGCGGGAGGACAGACAGGAAAUACUAAGGCAUCCAUACUCACCUGUCAGUUCAACCCUCAUCAACAUAACCUAAUUGCAACAGGAGAUUCAGCAGGCUGUAUACAAGUGUUCCGUAUCAGUGAUAGUUUGAAGACUUCAUCAUCACGUGAUCUAGAGGUUCUUAGUGACUUAGUCGACAUCACAUCAGAUAAUUAAUAUCCAUGUUCACUGUGAUGUAUCUAAUAGUUAUACAAUGUAUGUCCAGUAAGAAAAUCUAAAAUGUCAAUAAACUCCGUCCAACUUUUAAAAAA